CCAGCUAAUGACCUUUGGCGCGCCAAUUCUAAAUUUGGCGCGAUCAUCACAAGCCGUGUAGCGAGUGGUGUGUGCACGCAUAUCGUAAACUUCCCGAAUUGAACAGUUUUGCUGAUCGACUGUCCCUUAAUUAAGAGCUCAAAAAUGGUUAGAACAAAGGCAGAUAACUGUGCAAGAAAGGCUGUCGCAGCCAAGGCACCACGAAAAAAUCUGGGUGCGAGUAGCACGGCGAUGAAAGCUGGAAACUCCAUGAAAUCUCCUGCCGGCAAGAAGGGCAAGUACGGAGGAGGUAAUCCCGUCUGUCCGAGACCGACGCCAGAGUGGCAGAAAGAAAUCACCAAUUUCAUGAUCCGAUCUCCAAGAAGCACAACGAAGCAAAAGGAAAACGUGAACCCUGAUGAUGAGGAAACCACAGGAGCAGGAUGCAGCAAGGAAGACAGGACUGAGGAAGCCCAAAGCAGCAGCUCCAGCAGAACAGAAGAAAUAUCUCAAGGAAUGGAGGAAGAGAACGAGGAUGAAGACGUCAACGAGGAAGAGGAGGAAACGGAAGAAUCCUCAUCAGCCACGUCCUCCAAAAGGAAAUUUAAAAAGAACAAUUGCAUCAGCGACAGCGAAGAUGAUGAUUAAGAUUCAUAUCAAAUAUGUUUAUUACUGUAUAUAAAUUUGUCAUAAUGUCAAAUAUUUUUUCCUCUUUGUAGUGCUCAAAUAUUCCAAUUUGAAUUUGUGUUUUACACAAAGACAACUUAAUUAUUUUGUUUUUCUUUGAGUGUCAGAGCCAUACCUCAACCGAGCCGCUUUGUUACAAUAUUCAUGUACAUUUUUGUGCUUUUAAUAGAAAAAAAACAGGGCCCGCCACCCAAUUUUUGGACCAAAGCGCUUAGACAAUUGGCAUUGCCUGCAAUGUUUCCUCAGAUUAUUUCGGAACUUUGCCACUACUAUACAUGAAUGAAACACCGUAAUAAUGGUUGAUUCAAAGGCGCACGUGAAGAGUUCAAUUUAAACUAUUAGCCCUUCAACAUAAUUUGUCAAAACCUAACUAGAUUGAUUAAUUCUUCAUGUGGUCAGCAGCAGUGUUUUACAUGGGAAAGAUUUCCAUAUACGAAGUUCACUAAUUUUCCUCUGUAUUGACUAUUAACAAGCCCCCAGAUAGCAAUUUCAUGUCAUCAAAGUCAAUUUGAGCAGUGAGAAAAUACAAGCAUUUUCUUAGAAAACACUUAGAAUUUUUCAAUCCAAUCUCAUAGGGUUUGUACACAGGGUGUUGAGUGAACUUCGUAUAUGGAAAUCUUUCCUUUACAUGUAGGUGAAUCCACAGCAAGUCCAUCACUAGUCCUUUCAUUAAUAAAUCACAAGUCUAGUCACCAGUAACAGGGGCUGAACAAUAACAAAGGAAUGGCUUUGUUAUAAUUCAUUUGAAUAGCUUGCGACUUAAGUAGAGACUGAAGGUCUUAAGAUGGACUUGUGAUGGACUCGACUUGUAGUUGUAACACUAGUCUGCAGAGAGCAAGGACCAUUAGCUAAACCCUCCAACUAUUUAAGAGGUCACAAACGGUCAAUCUUCCUCUCCCCCUGGCAUACUGUGUACAAACCAAUGGGAGUCUUGACCAAUAUUGACCCAAGUAAUAACAAGUCUCACAAUGCAUGUUUCCAUAGGAGGGUUAGCUAAAUUAGUCGACUAGUGGUUGAUUUGUGACUUAAUGCCUGCACACUGACAACAUGCGAACGGCUCUUGUCAAAUGGUCAAAUGUCCUAGCUCGCUGUUGUAGCCAGCAAUGCAACUGUGCCCCAUGCUCCGGUUCCAAGGAGUCGACUACAGAGUAGCCCAACCAUCCUUCGUUCAAGCAAAGUUAGUCAAAGUAUGGUUGACUAUAGUUGGCGCCCGAACGUGCUCAGAUAUAUGGGCUUGCAAUGGAGCCCUCUAGAAAUGAGCUGAUGUUACCGACUUGACGUUACUUGUGGAUUGCUUUGAGCCCAUCUUAAGGCAAUCAAUUCUAUUAACCAAGUUAAAGACAGAAAUGAAAUAUUUAUUUGACAAUGGCAUGGUUUUCAGAUAUCCCCGUUUUGAAAUACCUGUUGGUCUUCGCUAAAAAUACAGCUUUUUUCCAACAUGGAAGGCUAAAUGACAGGCUUAUGUUGCAAACCUUGACUUGUGUCUUUCAAGAAAUGAUGGGGAUAUUUAAAUUGUCUCUGUACUUAUCAGGUUCAAGUUACGUUUAUCAAGAAACUGAUUAAAUUAAUAUUGUAAGGAAAACAUUUCAUUAAUUAUAGCAAAAAGAGGGGCAACUGAACUUUUUUCACAGAGUAAGUCUUAUUCAAUAGUUCUCGUCGGUUGAGAUAUUUACAAAUUAUUAAAAAGAAGUUCCAUUGGACUAGUUUUAGGAUGACGUAGGAAUAGAUUUGUAGUUUUUGUUCCUUUGUAAGUCUGCUUGUUCUAAGACUCAGGAUAAGUGUAUCUUUUGUUGUUUAUUAUUAUUUUUUUACGAUUGAUUAUUUCAUAUUAAAAUAAAUCUCAAAGUUGUAAAUCAAUUGAUCUUUAUUGGCUUUGGCAAUAUUCAGGCUGGAUAAAAAUGGUGUCGGAAACAUGAAAUUCAAUGCACUUAAUUGGCAUAUUGGGUAUAGGGAUUUUAGAUUUGUAGUGUACAUAGUUUCAGUUGUGUUUACUUGUGUUCAAUAAAAAAAUUGGUACACCACA